AUGAUCGUCAGCGCGCCUCGCCACCUUCUCAUCUUCGUCGUGGCCACCUUCGCCCUGCUCAGCAUUUCAGCCAAGGCUGCACCCGUCGAAGCCAAGCCAGGACGGCUGCUCUCGCCCAUUGAACGUCGUCAUUUCCCGCAGGAGCGGCAGGAGAUCGACGAUCCUAACCUUCGCACCGCCGAAGCCUUCGGCCCACCGCGAGGGGGUGAGAGCAUCUUGACGGGCAGUCCCGGGCGCUUCGACCUCGACCGACUGCUCAACAACCACCACAUCAUCUUCUCGCGCGCGCACCAAGACGACGUGGGUAGGCGCAUCGACAUGUUCAAGGCGUACCGUCGGGCGCUGGCCGACUCGCUGGGUCUGUCCGAGGACGACGUGCUGUCGCCCCGGCUGACGCCUCGGGAGUACAACGACUACCUGUUCGACAUCACGUUCAAGCUGGCCAACGCCGAGACGGAACACGAGCUCCUGGCGCUGCCGUUCCGGGACGCGCUGUUCAGGCACCACGUCGAAACAGUGCCCGACGCCCAGAGGCGGUGGAUGGAUAACGGCGUAUCCGGCCUGAUGCGCGCGAUCGAACACAUCAACGGCGCCGCUCGCCCGCUCCGCCGCCGUGCCCUGUCCGACGAUGAAGGCACCAGUGCCCAGCCCCAACCUACAGUGGCCGAGGAGAGGAAGGUGAGGCCCAGCACCUUUCUCGCUACGCGUCCGGGCGCCACGUCUGGUCCGCGUGAGAUCAACUUCGGGCACAUGCAGGGAAGCUACCGAGCCUACCGCGACGCCCUGCUCGAGCACCUCAAGCCCUUUGGCCUAACGCAGGACGACAUCAACUCCAAGAUGACCCAGGGGGAGCUCAAGGCGCACGUCGAUGCGAUCUACGACCUGCUCAAGGCGCGCGACCGCGCCACGAUCGCCUCGAUCCCUCAGAAGGACACAGUCCUGGCGGCUAGCGGGAAGCUCACCCCGGAAGCCAUGGAAGCUUGGCGCCGGCACGCCGUCCCCUCGCUCCUCGACAAGCUCGAGGACGUCGAACGUGCCUACCCCGCCACGACCAUCAAGAAGCUCUUGGACCCCGAGACGAUCCAGGAGUUCCUGGCGUCCGAAGCGACCAAGGACUUCAUGAGGAAGCUGAGGCCCUAG